CCACAGUACCAGCCACUAAAACCACAGCCAAAAAUGUCGAAAUUCAUUGUGUUCGCUUUGGUAAUUGCCACCAUUUGCCUGAUCCUGGUCAACGCUGCGCCAGCACCUGAUGCACAAAUUCUGGACGCCAAGACAGCCAUCAGUAAGAUUAUUGCCGCCUACAAUCGCAUCCCAGGACGCUCGAUUGUCCAUCCCUGGGAGGUGGCCACACUCAUCGAUCCCAACACCUUUGUUGUUCAUUACUAAAAAAAGUAAUCCUGUUGACCACCAUAUGUUCUAGUUCUUAACAUUUAAACGAAAAUAAAAAUGACCAUGAAAAGUUAAA